AUGGCGUUUCGUCUACCUCCUCAAGCCCCUCGCCGUCAGCGCUCCUACUCCACCUCCCUUCCUCCUCCCGCUCUUGAUCCGCCGUCGAAUCUUUCGCAACUCCCCGAAUCCGACUCCGCAGAAUGGGUGCUAUUCUCCCCCACGCAACCCUCCACCACCGCUCGCACGCACACGACCUCCACUGAUCGCACCCAACGAACGGUAGGAGCCUCGCGUCUCAGCGACUUUGGCUCCUUCGGGACGCCGACUCGUUCGGCCUGGGAUCAGGACAACGAAGAGGAAGAUGAAGAUGCUCUGGAGGAACCUUUGGAUGAGGACGGGACGGAGCUGGACAGCCUGGACGACGGUCUGCAUGCGUUCCGGGCUCCGUCUUUAGAUCAGGAGUCUGCCCCGAGGCUGGAUCAAGGAGCCCCAGCUCUAUUGCCGGCUCAUGAUGGACUGGGAAGUUUUCAGGCAUCUAGUCGGCCCGUGCAAGAGCAGCUGUGGCAGCACGAGCUAUACAAUCCCAACCGGAGGCCCGAACUAUCACACCGGCGACGAUCGAGUGUUCAGCGACAGUUGGAUUCCAUCGCAGAUGAGGGUCCGACCGAUGUUGAGCGAGAGCGAUGGCAGCGGAUCGAGAAGUGGAGGAUGGACCAGAGCCGGGCGCUCUUACAGGAAAUCGAGAAGGAGACGCGGAGACGGCGCAACAGCCGCGUGAGCAACCUGAGUGAUCAUUCCGUCUCGCACGCUGAAGUUGCAGACGUGCUGGCCGGCGUACCAGAGGUGCCUAGAGACACUCUGCCUUCUGCGGCUGAAUCAGAAGGCAACGAGGACGAAUCCCUCUGGCGUCGUCUUACCCGCAAAGUCAUCCGAGAUUUGAUUGGCAUUGAUGACUCCUUGCUGUCCGUUAUCUUCGGAGAGUCCUUGCCAGCCACCGAGGAUGAAGACAGGGACACCUCGGCGGGCACAGUCUACGAGUCGAAUAUGGACGAGGCACUGGGCUUGGAGCUGGACUCCGUGCGUGACGACCAGAGUCUCUGGCAGACCAAACUCCUCCAGCGUAUUGCACAUGAACUGGGAGUCCUGGUUCACCAAUUGUGUGAACACCCCGGUGCUUUCACAACCUACCUCAACCUUUCUAAUGACGUCCCGAAUCAGUACGCCGGGAUGCCUCUCGGGCGUCUACCCGAAGAAGAAACCACGCAAACCCAGACGGGAUCGGCAGCUCUGCCAAACUCCAUGAUGACUACAAGCGAUCAAGAUACAGCUUUAUCGCCUCAAUUCUCUCCCACUCUUCGUGACCCCAGCAGCAGUCGGGAGCAUGCCGCUCAGUGGGGCAUCGAGGAUGAUGACACCAAUCGCUCCGCGGCCGAGCCGUUAUCGGAAUCCUCCCGUCUUCACCAGGAGAAAGAGUAUUGGGAACGCGAACUCGACGUGAUGAUAGUCUUCCGCUAUCUCCGCAACCGAUUCAGUCGUCGAAAUAGUAACCCCGAUAAUCACCACGCUGCCUCGCGUCGACCCCAGCAAGACGCCUCCCGCCGCGCGGCGAUCAUUCGUCAGCACCACCCGUUGGUCGCGCGUGCCCACUCCCGCUCACAGGCCCAGAUUCGACGUCAGUCCCAGUACUCUGCAAGCCAUUCCGGGCCGGUGGGCGUCUCGUCGCCGCUUCUACGCCAGCAGUUCCGCCGGCCCAGUUCCAGCUGUGCUAGUCAGAGUGCAAAGCUUUCUGCUAUCUCCAGCCGGCGAACCCUGACCGGGUCCAGUCGCAACUACUGGGAUAUCGGCGGGAGCGUUGACAGCGGCAGCGCCGUUGCACCCGUUGGAGCUGGUCUCGGGGCGUGGGGAGACGUCUAG